AUGGAUGCGCUUAUGGCCCAGGCUAUUAGGGGCACCGCGGAGUUCCGAAAGACGUCUGUGCCCUGGACCUUGGAUGAGCCGUAUCCCCAGUGUUACUAUGGCUUUGACCCUGCAACAUCCACCUGGAUCUCCAAGCCCACAUACAGUCUUGAGGGGCCAACAACUAGCAAAGACUCUCUAGCAGUUACUACAAUUGCACUUUACACCUGGAAUAUUGAUUUUAUCCUCCCCUUUGCUGCAGCUCGGAUGCGCCCAGCGCUUGCCCACCUUCAUCAAAUCAUCCGCCUCUCUCUACCAAAUGUUGCUCCUGUUAUCUUUCUUCAAGAAUGUACUCCUUCGGACUUUGAGACAAUUGCCGCAACUCCCUGGGUUCGAGACCAUUUUUAUCUCACCGACAUCGACACCACCAACUGGGCCACCACGCAGUAUGGCACGACGAUUCUUAUCAGCAAGCACCUGCCUAUUACCUCUGUCUUCCGUGUGCAUUACUCUCUUACCCGCAUGGACCGUGAUGCCCAUUUUGUGGAUGUUCUACUUGGCCCUGAAAGAAAGCGCAUCCGCCUCUGCAACACACACCUAGAGUCCAUGGCCCUUGACCCUCCCUACCGCCCGCCGCAGAUGCAGAUAGUUUCGCGGUAUAUGCAUCAGGACGGAGUGGACGCUGCAAUCUCCGCUGGCGAUUUCAAUGCCAUCCAACCAUUUGAUCGCACUCUGCAUGUGGACAAUAAUCUCAAGGAUGCAUUCCUCGAGCUGGGCGGACGGGAAGAUACCGAGGAAGGAUAUACAUGGGGCCAGCAAGCGACAACAGCUCAGCGCGCGCAGUUUGGAUGUUCUCGGAUGGACAAGGUCUAUUUCCGUGGAGAUGUCAGGCUGGUGAAGUUUGCAAGAUUUGGACAAGGCGUCCUGGUUGAGGGGGACGAUGAACGGAAGCAGAUUGUGGAGCUGGGGUUCGAGAAGCCCUGGAUAACGGAUCAUUUGGGUGUCAUGGCUGAAGUCGAGGUCUUGCUCAACGCGAAGGGUCAGCUGUGA